UUUACAGAAGCAAUGUUGGCUGUAAUGAACUCGGUGUACAUAAUAAGAGAAUGUUUAAAAAGCUUACAUGCAAAGCUGGCUGGUCACCAAAAAAUGAAAUAUGCUAUCUACAAACCACAGAACAGAAAUAUUGCCAAGAUGCACAGAAUGCAUGCCUGUCCAUUGGAGGGAAUCCAGCUGAGUUUUACAGCAAAGAAGAAAUGACUAAUGCUCUAACAGUUAUCACAAGUAAUGUGUAUGUAAGUGGUAGUCUACAAGGUGGUGUUUUCAUUUGGAAUGUUUCUGGACAACAGAUUGAUAGCAGCCUUUGGAUCCCUAAUGAACCAGCGGGUGGUACAUGUGUUCAGAUAUGGAGGGAUAAAAAGGGUCUUGAUGCUUUGGAAGACACUCACUUCGUUACCGUUUUAUGUGAGCAGAGACUUUUUCGAUGGGUUUGACGACAGAAAACGAUGAUACCUAUAGGAAGCGAUACCACUGGUGUUUUUUCAGCUUUCAAAUAGUCAUCACUAUAUUUAAAAAUAUAUAACAUCUGUUCCUCAUAUUUCAUAACAGUCAACUAACUCGUGAUGGUACAU